GAGGAUUUGGAGAAUCUUUAUACAUACAUACAUUUUCCGUAUGUAAAUGUGUUUUAUUAAUUUCUCCUUCUAAUCGUGAAGAAAAGUGAAAGUGUUUGAUAAUCAAUGCAAGCAAACAAGCAAGCAAAACCAAUCUAUCUCUCCUCUCUUUGAUUAUCUCUAAUCUAAAUGCACGUAUAUCGAUGAAUGCUCGCUUUGCUUGCUGGUGAGGAUCCAGUUUUUUUUUCUUUCAAUUUUUUUUUUUGCUUGCUACUCUCUUUUUCACACAAUAAGCGCGAACAGUAAAAGUCAAUGUCAAGCAUUAACUUAAUUUCAGACGUGCAUUAGAUUAACUAAGUAAAGCAGAGCAGUGCGAGCGUUGUGUCUCGAUUAAUAAUAACAAAAUUUUACAUAUUAUUUAUGUACGUACAACAAGCAGCAAGCAGCGUAAAGUUUUGAAAACGGAAUACAUGUGCAUGCGACUUCUGUGUUCAAUUUGAAAAAAAAAAAAUAAUAAAAUUAAGUUACGAAAAUAAAACAAUGAAAAUGAAUAAGAAUGAAAGUGAAAAACCAAAGGAAUUUAUAAGCGAGGAGACCUAUAAAGAAAUUAUAACAAACGAAUUGGAACGCAUCGGGACAAGUGGAAAGUUUGUUUGGUUUUUAUUUUUCCUUUGCAUUACACCAAACAUCUUAAAUGGCUUUCAUGUUAACUCGUAUACCAUGCUGGGCCAUCUACCUGACGAUCAAUGGUGCGAAAUUGAUGAUCUUCGAAACACGAACUGGACGAUCGAUCAGAUACUCAGCAUAUCGCAAAGAGAUCUAAAUACUAAAGGCUGCACAAUUUGGAAUUGGGAUUAUCAAUAUUUAAGCGAAAUAAGUUUUGAGGAGGCCUACAAUUAUACCUCGCGCAUGUCCGAUAUAAGUUUACCGUCUGAGAUUGCCUGUAAAGCGAAGGGUUCGUAUCAAUACACCGCUCCCGCGAGUACAUUCGUAACGGACUGGGAGCUGGUAUGUGAAAAUGCGAUUCAGCGUACUUCAGCGCAGGUUUUCAUUUCAUUGGGUAAAUUUUUCGGCUCCUUUUCGUUCGGUAUAUUUGCCGACAAAUACGGACGCAAAUCGGCGUUUACAUUAGGAGCUGCUUUCUUCAUUGUCUCCAGUCUCUUUUGUACGUUUUCGCCUUGGUAUAGCCUAUUUUUAAUAGGACGCUUCGGUUUAGGCUCAGCCUCUUCAGGCCUGUUUUACCCUGGUUUCACUAUGAUUGUGGAAAACAUAUGCAUAAAACAUCGCUCCUGGAUGUCGAUAGCCUUUUCAGCAUCUUAUCCGAUUGGCAUGAUCUUAAUGGCUGCAGCAGCUUACCUAGUCGAACCGUGGCGUUAUCUACAAUUGACUUUAACUAUACCCGCUUUGCUGGCGAUAAUCAAUUGCUAUCUGCUUCCUGAGUCCCCGCGCUGGCUUCUUGCGAAGGGACGUUAUGAUAAAGCCUACAGAAUAGUGUUUAAGCAAAAAAGUCAUUAUCACCUCAACAAAAUGACUACAAUUGAGAACUUUACAGUUACCGAUAAGAAAACCGAUAGCUGUACAACUGUAACGUUAUGGGGAAAAUUAAAGGCUGGUCCUCUAAAACAGAUAAUUGAAUUAUUCGCUACUGGAAGAGUUCGUAAACUGAUUUUGACAUCGUAUUUUAUGUUUUGCGUUACCUCGUUAUGUUAUUACGUUACCGCUUUAAAUGCCGCCAAUUUAGCGGUUAGCCGUUUCUUUUACGUGGCUAUAACUGGUCUUGUAGAUUUACCAUCUUAUUUGGUGCCUGUGGUAAUGUUACGCUUUACCGGUCGUAAAGUAACGACCAUGUUAAUGUUCUUUUUAACUGGCAUAGCUUUACUUAUGGUUUUAGUGGUGCCCGAAAGCAGUACUACUUGGGUAGUAGCGUUCGCUAUGUUGGGUCGCUUCGGUAUCAGUGCCACAUAUUCCGUUGUAACUCUGUACGCAGCUGAAUUGUUUCCCACCGAAAUUCGCAAUUCAGCUUUGGGCACUUGUUCGACGUGGGCGCAUGUAGGCUCGAUAACAGCCCCAUACGCUGUAGAUAUUUUGGGUCCCUUGGGUUGGUAUUUACCCACCACAAUUUGCGGGGUCUGCGUAUUAGCAGCUGGCCUUUUAACGUUAUUAUUACCCGAAACUGGUACGGGCAAGCUAUCCGAUCAUAUCGAGGAUGUGCCCGCUACAUCAACUUCAGAUAUGACACCGAUAUCUAACAAUAAAUUGCGAAAUUUUCCAAAGGUCACAAAUUAAACAAAGCAAACUCACACAUAUAUAUAUGUGUACACUAUUUUUGACGUCUAAUUUACAUCUUAUUUAUGUAUAUAUAAGCAAUCUUAAAAUUAUUAAAAUUA